UAGGUUUCUGCAACAACAUGCACCAUGCCACGUAUCGCAAUCUCCAAAACCAACUCCCAAAUUUCUUGUAAAAUUUAUACCAAUUCAAACCGAUAUAUAUAUCCUCUAUCAUCAGAUCCACAAAACUAGCAGAAGCUGAGAAUCACAAAAAAAUGAUGAAUUUUGUUGCAUUAGGGCUUGUCCUAACGUCUCUGGUGACUGCGGGGUUCUUCGCUCCAACCCCACAAAACCCUAGAUCGAGAGGAGAAGACGAUGUGAUAGUGAAGGAAGGGCACAGAGUUGUAAUGGUGGAGUACGAGAAAGACGACGGCAACACCAAGGUUUUGAUCUCGCCGCAGGAGAAAGGGUUCGCUGAUAAAUUGUCUCAGAAAACGGAGAAAGUGAAGGAGGGAGUGAAGGGGGCUUCCUCUUCCGUUGUUGAUGAAUUGGGAAAUUUAGUUGGAAAAAAUGAAGAAUCAAAUGAGAAUAUUCUUCACAAAGUUAGGCCUCGAGAGCUCGUUUGCGAUGCGUAUGGUAAGUGUAAGCAUAAGAUCGCCUCAGCCUUCGAGAAGACCAAGGCCUCCGCCGCAGAGGCCGCCUCUGCAGCGGAGGAGGCCGCGAAGGAGGCGGUGGGGAGAGUUAAGGAUAAAUUAGAAGAAGGUAAGGAGAUGGUGAAGGACUCGGCAAGCGAGCUUUCGAGUAAAGCGGCGGAGGGAGCGAAGGAGGCGGAGGCGGCGAAGGAGGCUGUGUCGGAGAAGGCGGAGGGUGCGAAGGAGGCGGUGUCGGAGAAGACGAGGGCCGCAAAGGAGGCGGCGCGUGGGGCGGGGAAGCGAGGGAAGAAGGAAUUAAGGGAGAUUCUAAGGCAUGCGGGGGAGGUGGCGGGGGACGCGUUCGAGUACGUGGUGCCCCGGGAGAGGGUAGCGCCUGUCGCGGGGGUGGCGCACCUGAUGGGGUUCGCGGCGGCGUACGGGAUGUGCGUGUGGAUGACGUUCGCGUCGAGCUACGUGCUGGCGCGGGCGCUGCCGAGGCAGCAGUUUGCAUUGGUGCAGAGCAAGAUAUAUCCGGUUUAUUUCAAGGGGAUGGGGUGUUGUGUGGGGAUGGCGUUGUUGGGCCACUUGGUGGGGCGGCCGCAGCCGGCGGUGUUUCAAGGGAUCAAUCUGUCGGCGGCGCUGGCGAUGAUCCUCACGAAUUUGGUGUGGUUGGAGCCUCAAGCAACUAAGGUGAUGCUUGAGAGGAUGAAGAAGGAGAAGGAAGAAGGAGCGGUAGCGGUGGAGGCGAGCAGGAAGGGCGGCGAGAGUGUGGCUGAAACGGCAGGCAGAGGUGCGAGUAGUGAAGAAAUAAUCCGGCUGAGGCAGAGGCUGGAGAGGCUAAACUCCUACUCAUCUUUUCUCAACGCUUUGACCCUCGUGUCGCUCACGUGGCACCUCGUCCACCUCAGCCGCCGUCUCAUGUGUUAGAAUUCUUCGUCUUUACUUUUGUCAUUACAUAACAAUGUUUUUAAUGUCCUAUGUUAAUAUACUUAGCUAGAUGAAGUACAAUUAACCAUGUUUUUCGAUGUCACAUGCAUGUCAAUAUUAUAUUAUAGUCGCUAAUACUAUCAUGAUU